AUGCACAAGGAUUCGGAUCUCGCUCGACGACGCAAGGCUCCGAAAAUCGCGAAUCUGGACAUUCCCGCGGCGAAUGCAAACGUCGACGAGAUUCCAGUUCCGAUGGCUGCGCCACUUCCCCCAACUGUUGGUCCAGCUGCUGGCUUCAACCAAUGGCCAGGAACAACACCAACACCGCUAGGAGCUCCUUACGUUGCUAGCCCUUAUGCUGGAAUUUCCGUCCAGCCUCAGGUUUUCAGCUUCCCUCCGAUGCUGAACCGCCCCCACGUCUUCGUCCCUGGAGCUCCAAUUGGAACUCCUCUUCCGCCGAGUCCUUUUACAGGACUCCACCCGGAGCAUACUUGUGGUGCGAGAUUGUACCAACACCCAAGCUGUAUUACCCCAAAUCCAGCUUAUCCUCUCCCCGCUAUGCCUCCAAGCAUGGGCGGAAGUGGUCAAUUCUACCGAUUCGGCCCAAACCUGGAGUGCCAAAUCGGGUACACCCAGGCCCUCUUCAACGCUCCUAAAGUCGACGAAGGAGCUCAUCCUCGGCAAGUCCAGAACUACUUGCGCGAGCAGCGAGAGGCUCGAAGAAUCGGGUCGACGGAUGCCUUGGACACCGUUGGUCUCGAGGAGCCUGCUCCAUCUACCAGCCGCAAACGACCUGGUCAGCCCGUCGCUGGUCCUCCUUUGCGACGAAAGAAGGAGCCCAUCGCGCAAUCCUACGGAGUGGUCUGGAUUUCUGGCCGCCCUGUCAACGUCGUCAACUGUGGCAAGAAGACGAUUAAAUUUGCCAAAGACGAUGAGGUCUUCGUCGGCUAUGGCAACACCCUCCACAGGAUUCCAACCAAGAAUCCAGGGGUAUUAAUUACCCAACCGAUGCUCACCAUGCCGGAUCCAGUGCACAAGAACGGCAGCGAUCCUUUUUCGGUGGCUAGAACGCGAAUGCUAAACUAUUUUCGCGAAAAAGGUGCGCAGCUCCAGGACUUUCAACGGGAGUUGUACUCCGGAGAGUAUUCGGCGAUCAUCGAUACGCCUCACGCCACCUUCUGCUUUGGUGACGCCCGACUCUGGAAAAAGAAGACUUUCUAA